AUGUCAAUUAUUGAUAAACUCUUAGAGAAACAUUCUGAUUUGUUCACCGAAUCAAUUACUCAUCCAUUAACUAAUGAAUUAUGUGAUGGGACUUUAGCUGAUUAUCGAUUAUUCACAUACUUAACUCAAGAUUUAAAAUUCUUUCAAAUUGGUCUUAACUUAUUAGGUAAAACACUUUCAUUAUGUGAUAAUCCAGAAGCAGCAAUUACUUUAGCUAAACAAAUCGGAUUUCUUUCAAACGAUGAAAAUGAUUAUUUUUUUAAGGCAUUGUCUGAAAUCAAAGAAACUAAUUUACAAGAAGUCCAAUCAAAGGCAAGUAAAAUGUUGGGUGAUGAUCCAAUUACAUUACCCGAAGUUAACAAUUAUAUCAAUUUAUUGAAAUAUCUUACUUUUGAAAGUGAUUCAUAUAUUGAAUUAAUUACUUUCACUUAUGUUAUGGAAAAAGUCUACCUCGGUUGGGCACAAUAUAAUAUUGAUAAGAACUUGAUUCCCCGGGAUUUAGGUUAUAAACAUCAAGAAUGGAUCAAUUUACAUAGUGGAGAAGCAUUUACCAAUUGGGUAGAAUUCUUAAAAGGGGAAGUUGAAAGAGUUGUUAAAACCCCGGAGGAUGAAGAAUUAUGUGAAGAGACAUUUGUCAAAUCUAUGCAACAAGAAGUCUCAUUCUUUAAAGACUGUUACGAUUAUCAAGAAUAG